AUGGUUCUGCAACUUCACAAUGAGGAUGACCCCCCGGAGUCUUCGGCGGCUGAGCAGCCUUCCACGUCUACAGAGACUACGCAGACUCCCCAGACAGCAGCCUUAUCAGAAGCAGAUACUUCCCCUCCACCUUACUGUAGCAUAGCUGUAGAAGCAGCUGCAAACUCAGAAACACACAAUGAAUUUUAUCCUGUACCACCUCCAUACAGUGUAGCUACCUCUCUUCCUACUUACGAUGAAGCAGAGAAGGCCAAAGCUGCAGCAAUGGCAGCUGCUGCAGCGGAAGUUGCCCAACGACACGCCCAGUUUAGGGAGUCUAGGAGUCUGUUUGAUGAAAUAUUCCUCAGUCGUCCAGAGGAAGAAGAGUAUCCACCACGGGAUGAUUUCAGUGAUGCAGAUCAGCUUAGAGUGGGCAAUGAUGGCAUCUUCAUGUUGGCAUUUUUCAUGGCGUUUAUUUUCAACUGGAUUGGAUUUUGUUUAUCCUUCUGUAUAACAAAUACCAUAGCUGGAAGGUAUGGUGCAAUCUGUGGAUUUGGUCUGUCCCUGAUCAAAUGGAUUCUCAUUGUACGGUUUUCAGAUUACUUUACUGGAUAUUUCAAUGGACAGUACUGGCUUUGGUGGAUAUUUCUUGUACUUGGGCUCCUCCUGUUCUUUCGAGGGUUUGUUAAUUAUCUUAAAGUCAGAAAUAUGUCUGAAAGCAUGGCAGCUGCUCACAGAACAAGAUUUUUUUUCUUGUACUGAAGACUGCACCGAACAGACAUUCCUUUCCUAUACCAGUGUGAAACUUCCAGAUGAUCUGUAACCCUCCGAGUUAAUAGGAUAGAAGACUACUAAAACCAGAAGACAAGUUAGUGAAGAUCCGGCUUCAAAAAAUGAAUGACGGGAUGGUUUAUGCUCAAGUACCAAUUCUGGUCAUUCUAGUAAACAUUUGUAAUUGCUGCCUUUUGUUUUAGCACAUUUGUAUAUGUGCUUAUUAAAAAGAUAGUAUUGAAGUAAGAACAAACCACCUGUUAGUAUAGAUUAGGUACAGUCAGACUCGGUUAAUCUGUGCUUGUUGUAUCUGAAAGAUUUAAGUGGUAACUUGUUUCACAGCCUGUAUGUACCACUGACUUGUUGAUCUGAACUUUGAGUACAAUGAAAUGCAUUAAAUGAUUCAGAUUAACCAGUUCAGAUAGGGGUUUUUUAUAUAUAUAAUUUAGAUUCAUCUAAUGAUUGUGUAGAACAUUUUUAAGCUUCCUAAACCUCAGAGUUCCUUGUUGUCACAGACUUGUAUUUGCCAAUAUUUUAUCAAAUUCAAACCAAUAUGCUGGUUUGCUUAAAACUGAUACUCCACUUUGAUUCCCCUGUAAAUAACUCUGCAUAAAUGACUGUUUGAAUUGCUUCUUAGGAAAUAUGUUAAAAUAUAUUUUGUAACAGCAUAUUCUCUAAAUUUUGUUAAUUGGCUAUUAAGGGUAUAGUUACUAUUAGAUGUAAUUUUGGAGGUAAAGGCAUUGAAUUGUUAGUCUCAUCCUAACUUUCCUCACAUGAAUUAUUGUUAACCGGUUUGGGCUUGAGCCUGAAAAUUGUUAUUCAUAUGCAUGAUCCCAUCAAAAGAUAGAGUUUGUUCAUGUUAGCAGGGACAGACAGCCUUACAUCUUUAGUCCUUGGUUAUGCAGUUGGAUCCUCGUAGGUGCACCUUUGUUCCUGAAAGAGGGAAUUGCAAAUGUAUUCCCUGGGUUAUAGCACUGACUCUGUUUAAGAAGUCUUGAGUUCGGUAUAAACACAUCAUUGACCCUGAGGGCUUCUCAAAAAAAAUUCAUAUAUCUAUCUUACAGCGCUUGUUUAGAAUACAUACUGUUCCAUUUCCUAAGAAUAAACUGAUUUAAAUAUAAGGUAAUUUUGGAAAUAAUCUAUGAACGUAAAAAAAAAUCCUACUUUUAAAGCUCUGAAAGUAGAAAAUGUGUAUUGCACCUCUCCCAACAUCCAUUUAAGGUAUACCAUUACUUUCUUAUAAAUAUCAUCUCUUUAAGGGGUACUGUCUACUGUUCAUGCAUGUGUGGUUUCCUUUGAAGUUUGUGAAAUUUAUGCUUCUCCUUAAGCAGGAGAAUACAUCUCUCAGUCCUUUGUACAACUGGAAUCUCAGUUGCAGAAAUAUAUUGGUUGUUGGUUGCACCUUUGAGGAAAAAAAAAUGCAAAUACUUUCCUCCAGUUUUUCUUUUUAUAUUAGAAUUCUGCCUUUUUAUUACUAACAUUAAAACCAGUGAGGUUUAUGUUGUUUUAAGCUAGUGCUGUAUUCGGUUUUGUAUCUAUAAUGAAUGUUUAAAAUAUACAUAUGUAAACUGGCCACAUUAUUCAUUUUCUUAAUGUUUCAGAGGUAUUGAAAGCAACUAAAACUUUAGGGGCACUUCCACUUCCCAGCUUUUUAUGGAAAGAAUAAAAUUAAGUAUUAUGUUCAAUAUCCAAUUGGGAUUUCCUUCUAAACUUAUCUGUUUGUUUCUGUCUUCUUUUGCAUUCAUUGUCCAUAU